GUCCUGGAGCAGAAAGUGAAACUAAAGAGCGGCGUCAGAGGAGAGUGAGACCUGGCAGCAUGGAGUGUAUAAAAAACCUGGUUGCCACCAUCAAUGAAGCUGAUUACAGAGACUCUGUCAAACUUAAGAGGAUUCUUCAGCGUUACCCUUCCAAGAAAGAAGGUUUCUGCUACAGCGUGAGAGGAGACUUCAAAGUACUGGACCAUCUGUCGGAGGAUCUGUUAGCGGUGGAGCGUCACUUCACGCCUGACACACGUCAGCGCCGGUCAGACGUGUGGACGCGCCCGCGUUUGUCAUGGAUUACAUUCAGCAGAGACGUGCAGGAGAGCUGGACAGAAUCACAGGAGACAGAUUUAUUAUAGAAGCACAGCCACAGCAACGCAGUCACCCGCACAGCACAGUGCAGGUGACCAUAAGACCACGCCCCUUCUCCACGACCAGCCCCGCCCACGCUGACCACGUCAGACAGAGGUUCAUCACGCUGUACCAGAGAACUGCAGCCGACCUGCAGCUCGCGACGCUCUGUGUGAGUGAACGUGAGCUGCAGGAGCUGCAGAGGACGUUUCCACAGCUGCUCUUUAAACCCAGCCACAAACAUGAAGUCACUGUGAUCGGACCUUUUGUGUACGUCGCUAGAUUACAAGAGAUUCUCUCAACACACGAAACACCAGAGCCGAGCAGGAGGGCAGCGAGAGAAGGUCCUGAAGACGAGUCGUGUCCCAUCUGCAUGGAAACGAUCAAAAGAGGCGAGAAAGAGACUCUGCCUUGCAAACACUGCUUCUGCAGAGACUGUCUUCAAAGAGCGUUCCACUACAAGCCUGUGUGUCCCACCUGUGGACGAGUGUACGGCACUUUGACUGGGACGCAGCCUGAGGGAGGAAGAAUGACUCACACCACAAUCUCAUCAUCAUCGUUGCCUGGAUACGACAAAUAUGGAACCAUCAUUAUCCAGUAUCGCAUUCCGGCUGGGAUCCAAACGGCGGAGCAUCCCAACUGUGGUCAGCCGUACGACGGCGUGACGCGCACGGCGUAUCUCCCCGACUCGUCGGAGGGCCGGAGGAUUCUGACGCUGUUGAAACGAGCCUUUGAUCAGAGACUCAUCUUCACCGUGGGUCGCUCCACCACCAGCGGCAGGAACAACGCGCUCACAUGGAACGACAUCCACCACAAAACCUCAACGUGUGGAGGACCAACCCGCUACGGUUACCCGGACCCCGACUACCUGAGUCGAGUGGCAGAUGAACUGAGAGCCAAAGGAAUUGAAUGAGUCACUGAACACAUUUGUGUCAGUGUGAUGAAGGACAUUCAUAACUACACCGUAAAUCACCAACUAUAGCUUUUGUUUGUAUUAAGGUAGUAGUGUUGUAAUCAAUAUGAUUUAUCAUAUAGUCUGGUUGACUUGUAAACACAACAUAGAGGUUAAAAGUAUUUUAUUAAACCACAGUUCUAUUUAUUAAUGGUCAGUUUGUUUCUAUAAAGGACUUUUCUACACUUAAUAUUAUUGGAACCAUGUUUUUUAUAAUCAGUAGAAGCAAAGAAGACAAGUGAUGGAAUCACUAAACGUGUUUGUGAUGAAUAAACAGCUGCUGUCGCUGGCGAUGUCAAAAAAAGCUGGUGAAUAAGUAACGUUUGAAACAGAGAAAGUGUCACACACACACACACACAGAAAUCUCUAUGUGAAAUCCCUCACAUGGAACAAAAGCAAAGUUGUAGCUUCAAAUAAGAAUUUAAAUCAGUUGUAUGAUUAGGCACUUCCAAGCUCAUGGUUUAUUUUCAAGGGUCAAAGACAGAACACAGAUUAGAGGUCCCUUUAUUCAGAUAGAACACGUAUAAUCUCCCAUUACCAAUCCCCCCCCGGCCCUAUGCUACAUACAA